AUGAAUAAUAAACAGAUCGACGUGGUAUCGGGCACGAAGGAUGUCAAGGACGACGACAGAACUCUGGACUUCAAGUCAACGUCCUCAAUCACACGUGUUGCAGAGAACGCCAGCAGCGAAAACAUACCAACCACCAUCAACGCCAGCCAAGCCCCUCACAGCUCUGACCAGGAAGAUAGCCACCACAACGCAAUGCUCAACAGAAUCCCUGACCUCUCCUCCUGGCGCCGAACACUCAUCUUCAUCGGCCUCUUUUUCGGCCUCUUCCUCGCCCUGAUGGACACCUCCAUCAUGGCAACGGCCGUGUACACCAUCUCUCUCGACUUCGACUCGCUAGCCAGCACGCUCUGGGCCAUUCUCGCGUAUCAGCUCUCCUACCUCGGUUUUGCAGUUGUCUUUGCGCGUCUCAGCGACUUCAUCGGCCGUCGAUUCGCCGUCGUACUCGCCUUUAUCAUGGGAUCGGCGGCGCCGGACUUUAUGCGUUGGCACUCAUCGUGCUCAUCGAAGUCAGUACCGUGA